CACACCCCACGGCUUUCUGGUCCGGCGGGGCCCCGAGGCCCUGCACUUUCGGUUCCGCCCGCUGGCCGUCAGCUGCGACCCCGGCUCGCACUUCCGCUCGCCCUUUGACCCACUGCCGAACGCCUGUGCAUUCUGCGCUCCCUGACCAUGCCCGCGGGCGUGUCCUGGGCCACUUACCUGAAACUGUUCGCUGCCAGCCUCCUGACCAUGUGCGCCGGCGCUGAAGUGGUGCACAGAUACUACCGGCCGGACCUGACAAUACCUGAAAUUCCACCAAAGCCUGGAGAACUCAAAACAGAGCUUUUGGGACUGAAAAAGAGACAACACGAACCUCAAAUUUCUCAGCAAUAGAAACCUCAAAAUACUCAAGUCUGCCAAGAACUCCGUGAAUAAUAUUCUAAGUAUUAAAUUUAUAUUUUUAACAUUUAUUGAGUCAGACCAGUUGUCUUUAAGCACCUAGUGCAAUGCUCACUGCAGGAGGAGGCGCCCAGGUGUUAACUGAUGCACUGAGAUUAAAUAUGGAUUGACCAGUGUCUCUUGAAAACUGCCAAAGUUUGUAUCAUCAGCUUUUUGAAUGUGGUUGAAUACUCAGUCUUGAAUAUCAUGUGAGAAAGAAUAUUUACAGUGUUUCCUGCCCUUAUAAUUCUGGUUUAUCACUCUGAAUAAGCUUGACUAUCAUGGCAGAUGGGAAUUAUAAAUUAGCUAUAAUAAAAGUGUCAUUGGCAAUGAAA